AAGAAUUAUCUUUUACUUAAUUAACCGAAUAAAAGAAUAGGCCUAAAAGAGAAAAGGUAGGGGUAAUAAUAACCAUAAUAUUAAAUUCAAAUUAAAUGGAACAAAUGCCCUCUAAAUGCACAUCGUCUUUAAGAGGCCAAAAAGUUCAAUAAUGCUUAUUAGGAUGUAACUUAGAUGUUCAUCCUAUAUUAUAUAAAUGGAUCCCUUUCACUUCUUCUGGCAACCUCCAAAGCUCCGAGAUGGGUGAAACAGUGGUUCGCUUUGGAAUCAUCGGUGCGGCGGAGAUUGCUCGGAAAGUUUCUCGAGCUAUUGCUCUUGCUCCCAAUGCCAUUGUCUUAGCAAUCGGCAGUCGUUCAAGGGAAAAGGCUUUGAAAUUUGCAUCGGACAAUGGGUUGAAUCCUGAGGUUAAAAUCUAUGGUUCUUACGAAGCUGUACUGGAUGAUCCCGAAAUCGACGCCGUCUAUAUGCCCCUUCCGACCAGUCUUCACUUGCUUUGGGCCGUGCUCGCCGCCGAGAAGAAGAAGCACGUGCUCCUCGAGAAGCCAGUGGCUCUUAAUGUAGCUGAGUUUGACAAGAUUCUUGAAGCUUGUGAAGCCAAUGGAGUUCAGUUCAUGGAUGGUACCAUGUGGAUGCACAAUCCUCGUACCGCCAUGAUGAAGGAAUUUCUUUCUGAUGCAAACAAGUUUGGUCAACUCAAAUCGGUAUACAGUGAUUUCACUUAUGCAUUUGAUUCUAACUUCCUAGCAAAUGAUAUUCGCAUAAAACCGGAGUUUGAUGGACUUGGUGCUUUAGGUGAUUUCGGAUGGUAUUGUAUUCGUUCAAUCCUAUUUGCUGCCAAUUUCGAAUUACCUAAAAAAGUGAUUGCCUUACCUAAUCCUAUUCGAAAUGAAUGCGGUGUAAUUUUAUCAUGUGGAUGCUCCCUUUUAUGGGAUGAUGGAAAAAUAGCAACUUUCUAUUGCUCAUUCUUAUCAAAUAUGACCACAAACUUGACUGCCAUAGGAACAAAUGGAACAUUACAUCUCACUGAUUUCGUUAUACCUUACGAUGAGAAAGAGGCUCGUUUCUCUACCCACUCGAAAUCGAGAUUCGCUCAUCUUAUGACCGGUUGGGGACCGAUACCGGACGAACAUAUCGUCCCUACCGAUCUUCCUCAAGAGGCUCAUAUGGUGAGAAAGUUCUCUCAUUUGGUUAAUAAGAUCAAACAAAAUGGCACUAAACCUAAGAAAAAAUGGCCAAUUAUUAGCCGAAAGACUCAACUAGUGCUUGAUGCUGUCAAGGCAUCGCUUGAUCAAGGAUUUGAAGUUGAAGUAGGAGAGUGAUGUUCUUGUCUCUAUUAACUGUGUUUAAUCAUGUUUCUAUCUAUAUGUAUAUUAGUUUUUAAAAGUUUGCAUUGAAGUUGGAAUGCCUUUUGAAGUUUCAAAGAGUUGUGAAGGAAGUCAUUCCUUGAGAAUAAUUGCAAGGUUAAUUUGUAUCCAUUGGCUUUAAGUGUGUUUUCUUUCA